AUGGCUGUCCCUCGAGCACGGAUAUUGGACCUCAUGAAGGUCCAAUGCAAGAUCUUUUCCACGACAUUCAAUCCAGAAGGCCUCCGGCUGGGAAAUAAGGUCCUACGGCAGAGAUUGAAGGGCCCAGCUCUAGCAGCAUAUUAUCCGAGAAAAGUAGCCACGAUCAAGGAUCUGCAGAGAUUGUAUCCCGACUGGGAGACAUGGGACGAUGCUGAGGAGGACAGACUGGAGCACAUCAAGAUUACCAAGCAGAGAGGAAAGGGUGCUCCCAAGAAGAAGCGGACGGUGGAAGGUAUGGCCGAAAGACUGUUUCGGGUGGGCAAUGCUAAUCAGGCUUUUAGAAUCGAAGAAGUUCAAGGGGAAGAAGCGGUAGAAGGACGGGAGUGUAUAGAUGGACAGGCGUGUACGACAUACAUCAUAUUUGUAGCAAUAUUGGCGUUUGGUGGAAGACUUUGGGAUAUCCAGAGUCUCAAAUGGCUGUCACGAAUGAAGAGAGUAUUCCAAACCAACUGGGGGCUCUAUGGUGCACUCUACCAACAGAAAUCCAGCUCACGCUCUACCACGGGUGGUACUCAAAGAUCGGAUACAGGUUCGCUUAUCGUUUCAGGUGGUGAGCGGUGCUGGGAGUAA